GCGCUCGGCCGGCAGAUGGCGCCAGAUCUCGCCGCUUGGCCGGCCGCCCGCGGGCAGCGCAGCGCGCACCUCCAGACAGGCGCACAAAGCGGCGGGGCGAAGCCGUCUCGGGGCUCGCCGCGGCUCCGACCCACAGGCAGGGAACGAGCAGCGGCAGCGGCUGCACGCGCCGAGCCCAGCGCCCCGGCCGGCCCGAAGAUGACUAGGAUAGUGGUAAUUGUUGCUUGGUGUUUUCUGCAAGUGGAAGGCAGGCAUCCAGAAACCCUCCCCAGUCACCACAACAAUGGCAAUUUCUUGGACAACGACAAGUGGCUGAGCACCGUUUCGCAAUAUGAGAAAGAUAAAUACUGGAACAAAUUCAGGGAUGAAGUUGAGGAUGAUUAUUUCAGAAACUGGAACCCAAACAAACCAUUUGAUCAAGCUCUUGAUCCAUCCAAAGACCCAUGUUUGAAGGUAAAGUGCAGCCCCCAUAAAGUGUGCGUCACUCACGACUAUGAGACUGCUAUUUGUGUAAGCCGUAAGCAGCUGGUUCACAGCCUUUGGCAAAAGAAAGGAAAUCUGGCCCCGAAACAUUGGAUUGGACCGGCCAAUUUAGUCAAGUGCAAGCCAUGUCCAGUGAUGCAUGCCAGCCCUGUCUGUGGCUCUGAUGGACAUACUUACACUUCCAAGUGCAAGUUGGAGUUUCAUGCUUGUACUUCUGACAAAACUAUCGCAGCACGAUGUGAGGGGCCCUGCCCAUGUCUUCCAGGACAAGAAAGCCCAAAACACAGAGCUGAGAAGACUGGAAGUGUUAAGAAAGUUAUGUUGUCAGCUAGUGUAUGA